AUGGCGUCUGAGGACUUGAGUGUUGUUGCGGAAUCAAAGAAAGGAGAAGAGAAUGUUCAUGUUGAUAAUUCCAAUGAUAUGAACAGACCCGAGAGUCUUGACUUAUCUACUGUGACAACUGAUAAUGUCAAUGAGAAUGUUCCAAAAGAUGAAGCUUCUACGAUGGUUAAGGAAGCUGACCUCCCUGAGCCUGCUACUUCAGUGAAGAGUAAAACUGCUAAGGAUAACAAAACUGUUAAGAGAAAGUCAGGGACCUUUUCUCGGAGCCCCAGAUUCCUUUCUCAGAGUUCUUCAUUUCCAACUAAAGGACCUCAUGCUGAUAUCACUAGAAAGAGCAUUGAUGCAACAACAUCAAAGCCUAGUCUUAAACCCGUCGUUGCAAGUGGAUCCAAACCAAAGGCCACUCCAUCUUCAAGCAGCAAUGUUUCCACCAAGCGUACUAGUUUAGUAUCUGCUCCUCUCAAAAAGCAAACUAUGCCUGUGAAAUCCAUCUCUAAGGUUGCAGCUCAAAGCCCUACUUCCAAAUUAGAAGAUGAAGGUUCUAAAUCCAUUAAUGUUGAAACAGCAGGCAAGGACAAUGAGGAGGCCAGAACAACCACUGAUGUGGUUGCUGAGAAAGUAUCCAAAUCUCCGAAAGCUGAAAUGACAAGCAAGGAUGAUGAUGACACCCGUUCAACUACCACUUCAACUUCUACACCUCGUGGGCGGAGAAGCAGCGUUGGGUCGGCAUCUGGAUUCUCGUUCAGGUUGGAGGAACGGGCUGAGAAACGGAAGGAGUUUUAUAUGAAACUAGAAGAGAAGAUCCAAGCAAAAGAAGUUGAGAAGACUAAUUUGCAGGCGAAAUCACAGGUGAACUUUUGA